UAUACAGUCAACGUAAAAAACUACAAACAACAAAUCCAAUCAGUUCAAAUAAGAAACUACACAUUUAACAUUAGCGCUUCCUUUUGACACCGCCCUAUAUAAAGGCGAAAGGCAUGGUGAUUUUUCCCUUUCGGAUUAAUACGAACAAGAUCUACGUGAACAAUAGCUGCCCUUCUCCAAGCAAAUAUAAUGGCUGAGUCUGAGGUUUCGGAAAAAGUGUUACAACUAAAAGAGCUUCUAAAUGAAACCACGGCGUCCAAGAAGGUUUUAAAAACACUGAAGCGACUGCAGGACUUGAAGAUAACACUGGACGUCCUAGCGGAAACUGGGAUUGGAAAAACUGUUAAUGGUUUUCGGAAGCAUGAAAUCGCAGGCAAUGUAGCCAAAGCAUUAGUUAUCCAGUGGAAAAAGUUGGUUCCCAAGGAAACUGGCAGUUCUAGCCUUGCACAGGAUGACCACACUCCAGAAAAACAAAGCUCCAAGAAAAAAGAUUUUCUGAAAGAAAAGAAUAAUUCCAGUAGCAUAUCCGAGAAAAGGCAUUCCACAGGACAGGAUAAAAGUGGGUUCGCAGAAUCUGAAUCUGAGUCCAAGAAAAUGUCCAAAGCAGAUGGCCAUCGAGAGAGCGCUGUUAAGACAAAAGCCCUGGAUGACCGAGCUUCUGAUGGUCAUAAACAUAAAGAACAUCAUCUUGGUAGUGUAAAAAAUUGCCCCACAGAUGGGAACACUGAAGAAUCAAACAGUGAUCUUGAAGACUGUAGUGACAAAAAUCCCCCACUGGAAAAAAAUGCACCCAAUCAUAUAGACAAAGAGAAGUAUGAUCAUAAGUGGAACAAUAAGGAGUCUUCCUUGUUCAACUCAAUAACAGAGAAUAGCAAUGCCAAAAGCUUACUUAAAAAUUCAACAAAAAUUACAAAUGGUGAUCAUAUAAAAUGUGAUAGGAAAAGUACUCAGUCGACAGAGAAUCCAUCUACUUUAGAUCAACUGGAAAUGGACAACAAGAAAGCAAAACUGACAAAGAGCAGAAAGUCUGUGAAGUUCAUGGAUGUGAAAGAUAAGAGUGGUGAUAGUGACUUUGAGGAGCCAACCAUGUCCUUUGAAACCUACCUGAAUUAUGACCUGACACCCGCCUCCAAAAAAAGAAAAAAGCCUUCCGAAAUUCAAAAGCUGACCAAGAAACAUAAAAAGCAUGACAUUAAAGCUGAAUCCUUAGGAAAAGAGGUUUCUGAGAAAGAAAAGAUCACCACAGACAAAAAGAUGAAAUCCGGAUCAAUAAUGGAUCUAUUAAAUGUUCCACUGCCAUCUCUUCUGCCAGAAUGUUUCUUAUUCCCUUCUCCUUAUAUAGAGAAGAAAAAACAAGCUGAGGUCCCCAAUACCUUUGAAGAUGCCACUGGGUUUACAGGGCAGAGACUUAACUCCAAGAUGCAGGUUUAUUCUGGAGCCAAGACUGUGUUCCUUCCGGGCAUGAUGACACUUUAUCAACAGUGCAUACGUGCACUUAAGAACAAUAUUGACUCUCUCUACGAGAUUGGAGGAGUUCCAUUUGAAAUUCUAGAGCCAGUGCUUGAACAUUGUACACCAGAGCAGCUGUAUAGAAUUGAAGAAUGCAACCCGGCUUAUAUUGGGGAUACUGACCACUUGUGGAUUAAACACUGUCAAAAGGAGUUCAAACAUGAAAGGCCUCAAGAAUAUGAGGCAUGGAGAGAAAUGUAUUUGAGGCUUUUUGAAGAAAGAGAAAACAAGUUUAAACUGCUGACAAAAAGCAUUGCCUCUGCACACUCUGGAAAACCUAAAGGCCGACAGGUGAAGCGAGCAUUUAUUCACACUGUAGUCAAACCUCCCCGAGAUGUGCGUCGGAAACAGGAGAUCUAUAAGACUGCAGGCCCUGCUGCCCAGCCUCAUUCUGUUGAUAAAGUGAAGUAA